CAGCUGUGACCGGGUUUGAAUGUGGUGUUGUCUCCGUCUGUGUGGCGGGACGUCUGCUCGUGCAUAUUCUCGUACUUGAACUAGAAUAUUUGCAAAAAAAUUGGAUAUUCCUUGACGGGUAAUUAAAUCCCGAUAUCUUAUUAUGUUAUGACACCUUUCUUCGCCACCAUCAUUCCUUACACUCUUCGCACACAUUGCCCUCUUGCUAAAUCGAGUGCAGCUUUGGAAGUUGAAAUGUCAAGUGCCCUGCUAUUGAUGCUAUGUUUCUUAUUAGUUAGCUUCUUUGGUCUAUCAUGCUCCAUUGAACCUGUGUCAACUACCUUUGCUGUAGCAGGUGCAAUAGCAGCUGUUGGUAGUUACUAUGACCAAUCAUGGUGUAGAUUGCGGGAGUGUUGUGAUCAGUAUUCUGUUAGCACUGAUGCAUCAAAUAUAACGGCCUUUCAAGACGUACUUCGAAGCUCUGUCUAUGGUCAACAUUUAAUGCAAGACUUAGUUGUGAGAGCUUUAAAAAGUCAUUUAUCAUCUACUGAUCCGCCAAAAGCUCUUACAAUUAGUUUUCAUGGCUCAACCGGCUGUGGUAAAUCCUUUGUCAGUCAGUUCAUAGCACAGUCAUUAUUUGUUAAGGGUAUGCAAAGCAACUUCGUUAGAAAGUUUGUUGGUGGUAUAGAUUUCCCUGAUCACUCUUCUUCCAUGGUUCAUUUGUACAAGCUUCAUCUCCAAAAAGAAAUAAAAAGGAUUGUUGAAAAAUGUAAUAGAGCGCUUUUUAUAUUUGAAGAUGUACAGACGAUGCCACCUGAAGUUCUGGAUGCCUUAAAUCCUUUUAUUGAUUACCAUAAAGAAGUUGAUAAAGUUGAUUACAGAAAAUCAAUUUUUGUGUUGCUUUCCAACACUGGAGCUAAACUCAUAAAUCAGAAAGCUUUGGAGCUUUGGUCAAGCGGUAAGCAGAGGGAAGACAUUAAACUUUCAGAUUUUGAAAAUAUGAUUCGCACCGGAGCUUUCAAUGAACCAGGUGGUCUACAGAAAUCUGGUGCCAUAUCACAUGCCCUCAUUGAUAUUCAUGUCCCUUUUUUACCUUUGGAAGAAAAACAUGUGAGAAUGUGUAUUCGGGCUGCGUUUAAAAAAUAUGGAUAUGACUCUCCACCUGAUAAUUUAGUACAAGAAAUCUUGGAUGAUCUCACCUUUAUGCCAGAGGGUCAAGAAUUGUUUUCAUCCUCUGGAUGUAAGAGAGUAGAGGCUAAAGUUGGAUCAUCUGUUCAUGGGAGGGCCUUCAUCAAGUUUUAAAUUGUCAGCACUACUGUUUUACUGUUUUAUAAAUGUGAGUGUUACUGAUUGUGUGUAAAUCCCAGGUUAAGGGACACUAAGAAAAUAAUUCAAAGGGUGUCAGACUUUAGGGCUUUACUCAGAACUUAACAAGACAUUGUGAUGAAAUUUACUUUUUUUUACACCACUAUAUUGUGACAAGACAUUGAUUAAUUUUUACUUGUAUCAGUGGCACCAAAACUACUGAAUUCUUUCCCAGGUGUUUUUCAUUUGUAUAAUUGUUAUAAUUGAUUUCAUUUGUAAAAUCAGUUAAGAGGCCCAGUGAAAUUUUUUUAUUAAAAGAAUCUGUGAUAUAACUAUUUUCAUUUAUUACUUAAUUACUCAGAAUGAAAUACGCAAUGAAUGAAAUAAAAAAAUAUUAUAACAAAAUUUUUAAGGUUA